AAUCGCUUUCAAGCAACGCCGAAUGCCAUCCGACCAAACGCUACCCACACAAUAUCCUGUAUGGGACGCAGCUCUCAACGCGACCAUAUCAACAAUGGAAGUCGUCGCGUACGCUCACGACUCCCAUCCAAACUUCCUCAACCUUGCUGCUCUGGUCUGCGAGGCCGUGCUGGAGGUCGUUUUCGUCGCCUUGCCAGGUUUCCUGGUCGCCAUCUCCGGCAUGUUCGAUGCCAACAGCCAGAAAUUCGUUGCCGAACUCAACACUAUGGUCUUCACGCCGUGUCUUAUCUUCACCAAGCUCGCCAGCCAACUCAAUGCCGGCAAGCUCGCCGAUCUCGUUGUUAUUCCCUUCAUCUUUAUCGCUCAGACCUUGGUGUCGUGGCUUUGUGCUCAGACUAUGGCUUGGUCGUUUGGCUUUGGCAAGAAGAACAAAAAGAUGCACAAGAACUUCGUGCUUGCGAUGGGAGUCUUUGGCAACUCGAACUCCUUGCCGAUAUCGCUCGUCCUAAGCUUGAGCAAGACUAUCAGUGGCUUACAUUGGGACGAAAUACCAGGUGACAACGAUGACGAGGUGGCCGCAAGAGGUAUUCUAUAUCUGCUUAUCUUCCAACAACUGGGGCAAUUGCUACGAUGGACAUGGGGCUACAGCGUCCUUUUGAAGCCAGCCGAAUCCUAUACUCCAUCCGAGCGCGGAGACGAGCUUGAUGACGAGCGUUUGAUUGAGGAAGGUCCCUAUAGCGACGAGGACGAUUCUCCUACGAAAGCAGUUCGAAGGAGUGGCAGUGAUUCCGGCUUUAACAGCGGCUCGGACACUCCCCACUCCAUGCAUGAUUCGAGAGUCAAUCUCCGCGACGUUGUGCCAGCGGCGCCUGGUAAUGGCAACGACAUCAGCACUGAGCCCAGAAAACUCGGUCGCUCACAUCAAGGUCGAGACGAGGAUGCAUCGAGCAUCGACUCCGAUUCCAUAACACACUUCCCAAGCUUCUCACGGACACUGUCUGCGCGAUCGGACACCACCGCGUGGAAGAAGCCGCUCUAUCAAGCUCAGAGCUCGAUUCUCCGCACGACUAAGAGAGUGUGGUACACCAUCAGCACUUUCUCUCAGAACCUGUUCCGCAAGCUGCCACAACCCGCCCAGAAAGUUUUGACCGUGUUCUGGUCUUGCUUCAGCGCUUUCAUGCGUGGCGUGUGGCGCCAGAUGAAUCCACCACUUUGGGCUAUGCUGGCUGCCUUGAUCGUAGCGAGUAUUCCCAAGCUUCAAGAAAUCUUCUUCACGCCUGGAACUUUAAUAAACAAUUCGGUCACGCGAGCCAUUCAACAGUCUGGUAACGUCGCCGUGCCAUUGAUUCUGGUUGUCCUUGGAGCAAAUCUGGCUCGCUCGACUCUACCUCAAGAUCAACUGGCCACAUCGCGGGAAGAGAAGAAAGAGGAGAGAAAGCUUCUUUACGCGUCACUCCUCGCCCGUAUGGUCCUUCCCGUGAUCAUAAUGGCGCCAGUGCUUGCGCUUGUUGCAAAGUACAUUCCGGUUUCUAUCCUCGAUGAUCCAAUCUUCAUCAUCGUCUGCUUCCUGCUCACAGGCGCACCAUCUGCGCUGCAGCUUGCGCAAAUCUGCCAGAUCAACAACAUCUUCAUGGGCGCCAUGUCGAGCCUACUAGUCGCAAGCUACGUUGUGGUUAUCUUCCCAAGUACCUUGCUCCUGGUUUUGAUGGCGCUCGAGGUAGUCGAAUGGGCUGUGAUAUGAUUUUGAGGAGGUUAAAUUAGAAGAAAAACACAAGAAGCUUACAGCAGACACUCUAGAAGACAUUAUUGCGAAGAAGACGACUUCCAGGCAACAUGGUACAGGCACUCCAUGGCGUGGAAAGCAAUACAGGCCGUUUGAUUGUUUUUGGUGGCGCGUGAAGGGAUCAUAUAACGACAGCAGGGCUGCGCGCUGCGCCAGAGACGACUUUACGAUACUUUGAGUUUGGCGGGCAAGCGUAGCGAGGGCGUUCGAAGGGCGAGGUUGUAUUGUAUGACUUCUUUCAAAGAGUCAAAGUCGAACUGUAUAUUUUUUCUCGUGCUGGGGCAAUAGAUACUAUGUACAAUUUCCAGCUCUUCGCCGUAUCGUCAACUUCAACUUCCCAAGCAACAACGUGAAGUAUUGCUCUCCCCCAUCGGCAUCCGUCGUCGAAAGGUGCUUACGCUGGAGCCACUAUCAACGAUCGCGGCACCACUCAAUAUCGUACUCGUGUCGUCUGUCUCUCGUACCAGUCGCAUCUUCUUUCUCAAAUCACCUCAAUCAUCGCCCAAGCGAGUGGCAGUACUCAUGCAACCUUGAAAAUGCCGGUGAGCACGAUCACUCUCCUCAAUCGGCGAAUUGAUUGGGUGUUCACCGAGAUUUGCUGAUAACUACUCCCCCAGAAACCAUCUCACGAAGCUGGAGAUCUUCAGCCAGGGCUCUGAUGCCACGUAGAUGCGACGCUCGCGGUGAUUGAGAACGGCCUGGGCUCGUCUGAAAAUGCUGCGAACGCGGUCUGAGGUCGCCAUCUCGCCACUUGACACUGUGUUUUCAUCUCCCAUGCUUCGCCAUGCAUUAAAAAAAGACGUAACUAUGCUAUUGCUAUGCACAACGAAACAUCAUCGACCUUUACAGGAAUUCCAGGGGGGGUAUGGAAGUCAUCCUCCUUCUUCGCACCCAAGGGUUUGGAUCGAUCAUUUCGAAGCACCUGCAGCAACUGAAUGAGCGGCCCGAAUGUCUUCACUUUCCACUUUCGAAGGAUCCACACUUAUUCGCAUGUCGCCGCGUUCAUGCUUCUUGGCCAUCUUUUUGAGUGCUUCCUCGGUCAAGCCUUGACGGAACAUGCGCUCGAGCACAUCCUUCUUUCGUGUUUUGUGAUCGCCGACGCUGAUGAUAACUCCGGCUGCAAUGUUGC